AUGAAAGGUCUAAUAUGGCCUUCUAAGAAUAAGAAUAAUGGUACGACAUCGAGGCGUUCGAGCACAACUCAUGUUAUGAAGGGUUCAGGGUACACUGAAGGGCAUUCGUCACCAUCAGGCUCCGCGGUCCCCUUGGGAUGUGAUGGCAAUGUUGGGACGACGCUUGCGACCGCGGGCCCCAGCGUUUCACCUGUAAAUAGUAGCAACAACAGCAGCAGCACGGUAGGUGGUAAGAGAAAAAAUAAUUUCUCUUUGAAAAAAAACUCCAGUGAUAAUCUGAAUCGGUCAAACGGGAUCUAUAAAAACGAGUCUCAUAACUUGUCGCUGAGGAGCAUUGGCUCUUCCCUUCAUAGGAGAGAUACAUCUUCAAUAGACUCAGAGUCUACAGACCGUUCGCUAAAGUCAGAAUCUGAAUAUGAUACGACGCGGUCAAUCGGAGAGGAGUCUGGUACACUUUUCGGAGAAUCCGUUCAUUCUUCGGGCACAUCAUUGAUUAAUCAAUCUGUGUCCCAACAUAUAUCAGUUGAACAAUCUAUGGAUGUGACCACAAAAUACGAGAGUAGAAACACAACGAAGUCUUCGAUAUCUCUCAAUAGUGGAAACUACGAUUCUACUGUACUGAAGACAGGUUGGAUCAAUAAAUCUCAUGGUACUGUUACUGUCAAUGUUCAUCCACAUUCUUCAGUUUAUCUCCAGAAGACAGAGAGUCACACAAGUUCCAGGAAUAGCUAUAGAGAAAGUAAGACGUUCAAUACAGAGGGCUCGGGGGUGGAAACACAGAUCAGUGUACCUGAUUAUAAACUUUAUAGAGCUCAAUUGAAAGGCCCACUGUUGAAUCUCUUCAAGAGUGGUUUACACGGUAAUGUAAAGUAUUUUGAUCCAGCGCUCGCAGAAACGAAAUCUGAUACAGCAUCGAACCGUCCGAAGUCUUCUCUCAGCAAUGAUCAUCAUUCUACUCAAACCAAGACUUCAAAAAAUGUCUCUACCAUCAAAUAUUUGAAUGAAUCAUAUCCACACCCAGGUCUAAAGUUGGAUGAAGAUGGUAAAAUAGUAUCAGGAAAUGUCGAAGCUUUAUGUCAUGCGGUGCUUUUUGCAUAUCAAAAUGAUGACCCAAAGAAUGAAAGGGUAGUCAUAAAUUUACUAUUAAUAUUGCCACUGAUUGAUGAGUUUGUUAAAUUCUUAAAUAUGUUCAAUCAGUUUGGUUCGACUUUUACAAAGCACAGCUCCAAAGUCUCGAGCAGUUCUACGCAGUUUUAUCACAUAUCAUCAAGCGUUGAUGUUUUAAUGACGGAGAGGUUAGGCCUUGUUGUCAAAAUAAUUUUGGACAUUUUCCCUAGUUUUCUGUUAGACGAUUCAAUUUUUCAGGCAACAAUCAAGCUGUUAGAUACAAUUUCUUUGCACAAUGAUGAGAUUUCUAAUAAUUUGAAGUUUUACGUCGCCGAUAAGCAUAAUCGAUUGAGUAAACUAACUGCAUUUAGUCGAUCAUCUACGAUGCAUAAGCCUAUUGAUGUGAAUAAUAGUGGAAAUCUUCAUAAUAUUGACAUCAAUAUUAGUAAUAAUCAAAACAACAACAACAACGACAAUAAUAAUAAUAAUAAUAACAAUAAUAAUAAUAAUAGCACUAAUGAAAAUGCAUUUGGAGGGAAUUCUUAUCAGCAUAAUCACAAUGUCAAUAAUAACAAUAAAAACAAAAAUGCCACCGACAUUAGAAAAGGUAGUCGAUUGCUGGACGAUAUAUUUUCUGUGGAAAAAUUUCUUGUUAUGGACUCCGAUAAACUAGCAAAAGAGGUACAUUCAAUUAACCUGAAGUUUGACAGAAAGUGGGCCCCAAGGUUUGAUUAUUCAUUACUCUACGAUUCUAAAUAUAUCAACAAAGAUAUUGUUGCGUUAAACCCUUUGGUAUUUAACAACAAUCACAACAUUCACUUUCUAGGGAGGUUACUAAUAUGUCACUUAUUUCCAACCAAUAGAAGUGCUUCUAUGAAUCCAAAAUUAAGGGCCAAAGUUUUGACAAAAUGGAUUGAAUUUGGUGGGUUGUUCGAGAAAACGGGUGACAUGGUGUCUUGGCUAGCUGUGGCAACUAUUAUCUGUUCAAUACCAGUUUUGAGAUUAAGUUCUUCCUGGAAAUACGUUCCUGAUCAAACUAUUAAAAUUUUGUUCAAAGAUUGGAUUCCAACCAUUGCUCAACUAGAUCGCAGGCAGAUGUCUUUGAAAUCGACUAGUAGCGUAUUCAUUCUAGCUCCCCCCAACUUGGACGACCCUUUCAUAAGAUCAAAUGUCAUUUCCUAUUUUGGUGAUCUUAUAAUCCAUGGGGAUGAUUUGCCGGACUCUUCAAAGUUCAAGUAUUUGGAAAAGAAAAUAAAUAGAACCAAGAAUGCAUUUUUCAAAUGGCAACAGCGACUUGAUUCCUUAAAUUCCGAGUUACAAAAUUUAGACGAGAAUGCAGCGGACAUAGUGCCAGAGUCAAGCCAAAUUUAUCAUUUAUGGGAGUAUCAUUUAGCACAGCCACCACUCAACAUUAAAGCUUUGAUGCGUAUCAGUUUGCAGUAUGAGCCUCCUAGAGUCGAUCAAAAAACUUAUAGUAAGAUUGGAAGCAGAAGAAGUCCAUUAUCAAGUGGCGGUUAUUUACCAAUAUUGUUCAAUGACUUUUUACCGGUAUGUUCAUUAUUUUCCAAAAGUUCUUUGAUUACUGCAUCGGGUGCGUAUUUAUCUGAUGACAAUAAUAAAAAUACGCUCUCACGGUCGAAGUCUACCUUUCGCCAUUCGAAACUUGAAAGUACCGAUAUUACGCAUCUGAAACAAGAAGCGGUUGAAUUGGAUAGUCCUGCUGUCAAUCAACUCACCGGCCUUUCCGAAAUUGAUGCGCCUUUGAUUAAAGAGCUAUCAUCGAGGCAGUCUAAUAGGCAAUGCAUGCUGAAGUGCAUUCGUGAUGCAUUCAAUAUAGAAAGCGAUUUGUUUCGUGUGUCCGACCAUUUGAUCUUCAAAUCUUUAACCGAUAUCGAAGCCAAAUCAGCCCCAUCAAGUAUGGUCGUCGAAAUGCCUAAGAGGUUCUCGCAACAAUCUUCAAAUAAUGUAGUAGCUUCAGGUUAUGAUUCAUCUAAUCGGUUGAGCAGGACGUUAGAACAUAUGGAUUUAUUCAGCAACAUGGAACAAGUUUCUGGAAGCCUCAAUGGAUCUCUAAUAAACGUGGUCCUCAAAUGUGCGUCAAUCGAUAAAAUGUGUGAUUUGUUGGUCCUUACUGCAUCAGUAUUCUCCAAGUUUAUUGAUUGUACGGAUUUGGAGAAGUAUUUCUUCCAUAAACGGCAAAGGGAUCAGCCUCGUUCAAGAUCAUCUAAAGGUUCCAAAAGUGAGGAUGCACUAGGAUUGCUGGAUUAUGCUUUCGUGAAGCUGUCCAUGAAUAUGAAUACUUUCACAGAAACAUUUUUCAGCUCUUAUAAGAGUUUUGCCACUACAACAUAUGUGUUGGAAAAUAUAGCACAUAGAUAUGUUGGAGCCAAGGGCUGUGCAUUUUGUAUAUCUCAGCUUUUAGGAUCCAAUGAUUCCAAAAGCAAGAAAUUGGAUCCAUCCAUCAAUGAGCAAAAGUUUCCUCAGUGGGACACUAGAAUCUCAGAUAAUGAAAACGUCAAUCCUUCAUACUGGGUGAAAAUUCAGGUUGGAGCAGCAGAAGCACUAUUAGGCUUGGUGAGAAAUCACUAUUCUGACUUUACUGAUGAUUUAGCUUGCAACUCUACUUUACUUGAUAUACUCAAAAUAAUUGAGCAGGAUGUUCAUGUAGAAUGGCCCGUCAGAUUGGGCCAUUUAAAAGGCUCGCUUUCUUCUGUGGAUUUUAAAGAAAUUGAAGAUCAUGUCUCCUUUUUAAGUGAGGUUUUUCACGACAUCAAAAUUACCUACCAAAAACAACUCUACAGACCAUUGGGUGUUACGAAAGUUUCUAGAAAAGUCACUUCAUUAAUGGAAGGAUUCAGAUCGAUGUCACUCACUGAUUUCAAUUCUUUGUGCAAUUCUGAGACUAGCGAUGACUCAAUGAUUUCUAGUUUCCGACAUUUGAAGUACGAUAGCUAUGAAGAAACUUUGAGAUGGAUUGAGUCCCUUGACAGUUUUAUCUCAGAGAAGUUUUCUUUUGUGACUCCCCAGGAUUGGUUUACUACUUAUCAGGUUUUGGAGUCAGUGUGCUAUGGAUCACUUACUUCUCAAUUUUCAUUCCCUUUGCGUUCAAUAUCUUAUGGCUUAGUAACUGCAGGAACUUCACAGCUCAAUGAGCUUAAAAUCAUGGAUAUAUUCACGUGGAUUACUACACUACUUACCAAAACUGAGCAUGGUGAAGUCUGCUGUUUGGAAAAGCUCCCGGAAUCUGUUCAGCUGCUGGUCAAAUUACACAGAUCUUUGGUUGUUUUUUUUGAUACUCAAAUAUUAAAUACCCAAUCUACAAUUAAUGGCAGGAUUGAACUAUGUGCAGUCGUAUUGCAAAUCUUGAAUUUUGUCCGGUGGAAGAAUUCCUCGCUGGACCUUUUUCAAACCGACGACGUCGAUAAUCCCAACGAGAUUUCACCCCACAUUCCAUCAUUUAUUGAAACAGCAAUCAGUCAUGCUAUUAUGUCACCAAAAUCAAGGUUGUUUGAGCACUCUUGGAAUGCCGCCCAUGAAAAGAUGUGCUCACAUAAAGUGCGUAAGGAUUUUUCAUCAAUGUGCGAUAUUUUAAAGAGCAUUGAUCACAAGCAUAUCAAAUCAUUUAUUGGGAUUGACGGCGCGUUCAUGUCGGAGAGAAGUAAUCUAUGCCCAUGUCCUGGUUGGAUAAUGUCAAGGUUAUUAGAAAUCUCUCAAUUUGUUCCUAAUAUGAGCAUCAUUAAUUCAAAAUUGGUAAAUUUUGAUAAAAGACGCUUUGCUAGUAAUAUAAUCUCUAAUUCAAUGGAUUUGGUGCCUCGAUUAGGCGACAAUACGGACAUUCAAACAUUUGGAAAGUGCUUAUUCUACAACUUUGAUGACCCCUCACACAUUUAUGGAAAAGUAGUAAAAUCUGUUGCCCAUUCUGAAGUCAAGGCUCUAAAAUAUCAGAUCAAAGGGCUUUUCAAUGAACUGCUUAUAAAGGAGGUCGAGAAGGUCAAAAGGGAUCAAAAGAAGGCAGAAUUGUUAACAAUACAAGAGCGGGAAAAUAACCGCUCCAUUAUCUUGCAGCAUGUGAUGCAAAAGAAAAAUAGAAGCUCGACAAUACUCUCAAACAUGCAGAAUGGUGCGCCUGUGUCGCAAGGACUAUCUAAAACGGCAUCGAACGCGUCCACUUCGUCAUGGGCUUCAAGAGAUAAGCGAAGUUCCGUAACCUCUUUCAGCGGCCGAAACUCUCCUACAUCUGGUAGUGGCCACAAUCACAUGGGUAAAAAGCUUGGGGGCUUUUUCAAAAGACCUUUUUCCAUUGGAGGGUUCAGCUCUAGUGGUUCUACAAGUUCACUGAGCAGCAUUUUAAUACCUGAUGUUCAGGAAAAUGGAUCAGUGUCGCCAUAUAAUUUGCCUUCAAUCGAUUCCACUGCGGUUCAAGAUCAAAAGCCUGUCUAUUCCUUGAAAACAUUUGAGAUCAAGACAAUUGUGGCGAUAAUGAAUGAAAGAGAAAUAUCUGGAUAUGCCUUUUGUUUCAAAAUAAUAAUGCUCGAUAAUUCUCACUAUAUACUGCAGGCCACGGGUGCCGAAGAUAUGGCAGAAUGGGUCAAAAUGAUCAAACUGUCAAAGAGAUAUUCAUUUCAUUCAGAAAAAUUCAAAGGAAAAACUUACAACAAAAUCUUCGGUGUUCCUUUAGAAGAUGUUUGUGAGAGAGAAGGAACAGUGAUACCGAAUAUCAUUGUGAAACUAUUGGAAGAAAUAGAACUGCGUGGCUUAGAUGAGGUGGGGCUGUAUAGAAUUCCAGGAUCCGUCGGAAGUGUGAAUGCAUUAAAAAAUGCUUUUGAUGACGAGGGAGCUAUAAACAAUUCUUUUACUUUAGAAGAUGGGUGUUGGUUUGAGAUUAACGCAAUCGCUGGCUGCUUUAAAAUGUAUUUGAGGGAGUUACCAGAUUGUCUUUUUACCAAUGAGAGGGUUUCCGAAUUUUCUGAACUCUCCCAGAUGCAUAAAAGCUCAGUCAUUACAAAGGACGAGUACAUUAAAAGAAUGGGAUCGCUUUUGCGUAGUUUACCAACCUGUUAUUAUCAAACAAUGAAAAGGAUAGUGUUCCACCUGAACAAAGUCCAUCAGCAUGUUGCCAGCAAUCGCAUGGACGCUUCCAAUUUAGCCAUAGUGUUCUCCAUGAGUUUUAUAGAUCAAGAUGACUUGGCAACUAGCAUGGGAUCAACGUUGGGUGCGGUUCAAAGUAUCUUACAACAAUUUAUCACUGCACCAGAGAUAUAUUUUGGCUAA